GAAAUGCCAGUGGUUUCCUGGGCAGACACUCCCUUCCCUUCCUUCGUUCUCCCCGGGAGUAUUCCCCCGCCAGAGCCAGCCCGGUACCCCACCUUGCGAGAAAGUAGGAGCACGACGCGCGGCGCACCCAGACUGACGACACCCCCGAGUCCCCGCCCAUUACGUCACUUCCGGGACGCUUCCUUCGCGGAGGCUUGUGGGUAGCUGGCCGGGGUCUCCUGGCGACGACGAUGGCGGGGGAUGUGGGCGGUCGCAGCUGCACGGAUUCGGAGCUGCUGCUGCACCCGGAGCUGCUGUCCCAAGAGUUCCUUCUCCUCACCCUGGAGCAGAAGAGCAUAGCUGUUGAAGAUGAUGUGAGAAUGAACAAAGACAGUCUUGCUGAUCUUUAUGUCCAGCAUGCAAUACCAUUGCCUCAGAGAGAUUUGCCAAAGAAUAGAUGGGGGAAAAUGAUGGAAAAGAAAAGAGAACAACAUGAGAUAAAAAAUGAGACUAAAAGGAGUAGCACUGUAGAUGGGUUAAGGAAAAGACCCCUCAUUGUGUUUGAUGGAAGUUCAACAAGUACAAGCAUAAAAGUGAAAAAGACAGAGAAUGGAGAUAACGAUCGACUCAAGCCUCCCGCUCAGAACCAUGACUUAACGCAUAGGAAAAGCUCUUCGGGCGCUGUGAAGUCACCACCUUUGUCCCCUGUUGGAACUACUCCGGUGAAAUUAAAGCGAGCUGCUCCUAAGGAAGAAGCCGAGGCUGUGAAUAACCUGAAGCCCCCAGAAGCAAAGAGGAAGAUACAACAUGUUACAUGGCCAUGAAGGAAAGUUUCCAAAAAUGUAAAUAUAACUGUAACUAGUUUUUCAAACAUGUUCACAUACAUUGACAGUAUUUACAGAGAUCCUGAUUGUUAUGGAAUUUUCUUAAGAGAUUUAAAAUUACGUUCAAAAAAAUAGUCUUGUCUUUCUUUUCUUCCUUCCCUCUCUUCCUUUUUUAAAAAAAUUAUUGCCUUUCAUGCCCUGAUUAGGAAAGAAUUUUUUUUAAAUGAAUGGCUUAGUAUAAGUCUUUUAUAUUGACCCUAGUCAAAUCAUUAGCUGCAAGUCUGGUCCAAAGCAUCUGAUGAAUUUCAGGAAUUAUCCUCAUUAGUCUAUUUUAGUCUUUGGGGGAAUUUGAGAUUUUUUAAAAACUCAAAUAUUUUAGUAGUUCACAAUUUUUAUUUCUUUUCCCAAGCAAAAGAAUAUAACAGUUCCUCACGAUAUUUUAGCAAAUACUGCCAAACUCAUCCUCAAGGUUCACCAAGAAAAGCAUAUUUAUAGUGCUGCCAAUAAACUGUUCAGAAUAUAUGGAUAAAAUUGCUGUUCUUUAAGUGCUUGCAUUGCUUCUUCCCGUAAAAAUCAGGAGAGAAAUCAGUGCUUGCUAUUGCUCCUUUCCUUGAAGUCAUAAUAGAAUUGAUUUAUUCUGAGUUGACUGGUCAGUCUUGACCCUGGUCCACCCUUGAGAAUAUUCUUGUCAUGCAGCAGCCCUCCCUACUCUUUUCAUGAGCAGUCUGUGAUCUCACUCUGUGAGCUCAGGUGUCACUCCCUCCUAGGAGCUUACUCUUUUCAAAAUGAAGCUAACUGUAAAAUCUUUGGGUGAAGUAAUCACGUUAGAAGUGGUACCCGAUGGCAGGAAGUUUAGAGACUUGGAAGAGGGGGGAUAGAAUUCUAGAACUUAAGAGAGUCCAGGGAGUAUGGCAGUGAUGGGGAAAACUCAGCGUGAUCUGGAGUAGGCAGAGAGGAGAUGCUGAAGUCAGAAGUCAGCACAGAGUGAUGGCGUAGAAGUGUGCCAGCUGGACGGGGCUCCCUGCUGGUGUAGUAUGGACAGCUUCCCACAGGGCUGUCACACACAGAAGUAUCUGGUAAGGUUUUGUGUUUGUGUUAAAUUGGUAUUCUCAUUCCACUUGUAUAAUGGAAGUCAGUGGGAAAAUAGGGUACACCUUAUAUUCAUGAGUUCUAGUGUCCACUUUUCUGCUAUAUAUUUCUAACCAAGUGCAAAGGAUAGUUUAUACUUUGUCCCUUGUGUGAUUGAUCUUCAGAUUGGGGUUUGCCUUUUCAAUACUUUUUAGAGGAGUCUCAUUCUUCUUUUGAUUUGUUCAAAUAAGCAUUUUAGUUCAGCUAUUCAAUAGCCUUACAAAAAAUUAAUUCAGCCUUGCUGGUAAGUACUGUACUAAAACUCUAACCCUGUAGUUUUUAGCCAUUCUGCCUUUAUCCAGACUGUAAAUUUGUACACAUAAGACAAAAUUGAUACACACUAAGUGUUGCUAAAUUGUUAAUGUUAUAGUAAAUUGUUAAAUAUAUAGUUAUCUGCAGGGCUGAUACAUGUAAUAUUGUUGAAGGACAACUGUGAUCCUAUACAUAAUUGUAUGUUAAGGGAGAUUUUAAAAGUGCAGAUUUUAGGGUAGAAUGACAAAUUAUAUUUGGUUGUCCCCUCUGCUUCCAUCUGCAUUUCUCUCUCAGUUAAGAGAGAGUUAGCAUUUGACAGUUUUAAGUCAGUGGAAACUUAUUUUUAGUUACUCAAUAAAAGUAAUUUUUAAUUUGUAUAUUUAACUUACAGAGUAGGUUGGUAAUAACAGCUGAACUGUGUAACAUUGUUGCUUCAAAUUGAAGUUUAUAUUAUGAACACUCAGAAUCAGUGCUCAUAUAGCAGCAUAUUAUUGAGCUAUUUUGAGUUUGAAAUGUGGAGAAGCACUAAACCAUGUACUUUGUAUUAUAUAAUACCUACAUCUUAGCGUGCUGUGCCUUCUCGAGGUGUAUAGAUGCAGCUUGUCCUGAUAUGUCUUUCUCCACAUAAUGAAGCCUGCUGAGUGAUUGGACUCUGAAGCAGAAGUGUUGGGAAUCCUAUGUUUUGAAGUGUUGCUUUGGUGUGCUUUAAAGGUUAGAAGGACUUGAUUUGAAUGGUGAACAACUUUGGAAUACUCUUUGCUUGUAACCUGGGUUAAUAUUGUUGCUCUUGAUUCUCUAUUCCAGUAAAGCCAGCUUUUCUUAUUAUUGGGGUAGGCAGGUGAUUGACAUUAGAGUCAGUAGG